AUGGCACGCGACACGGCUAUCAAAUACAACUUGGCAGACUCGGGUACCGAAACAAGCACAAAAGCCGAGCAAUCUGUCAGUGUCACAACAGACGACAGCGACGACAGUAUCUCAGUCACGUCGACUCCAUAUGACUCGGAAGACCCGGACGCAGAGUAUACUGUGGAGGACAUUCUGGCACAGGAUGACAACAUGGAUGGCGGCACGAAGUAUCUCGUGAGAUGGGCCAAUUAUCCACUUGAGAAGUGUACAUGGGAGCCCGAGGAGAACAUGGGUCCUGAAUUGCUUACCGAUAUGUGGGAGGAGAAAAGGAAGCGGCCGGACUACGAGCCUUUUGAUCUCGACUUGUAUUUCGGGGCUCUCGCAAAAAGAAACAACAGGCAUCGUCGCCGAAAUAUGAAGCGGAUAAGACGUGGCUUGCCUGAGACAUAUCCGUUUCUGGAAAGGGACGAGGCGACUCUGAGAGAGUCUGCUGCGGAUCAAGUCGAUGCAGGUAUUGCAGGUACUGCUACGGCUGAAGCCGCACUCUCCUCUGUUGCGGAUGCACCCAGCACAACGGAAACGGAAAUCGUGAAUGGUGUUUAUUUGCAGCUUACAGAACUUACCAACGAUUAUGACGACGAUCUUGUUGUACUAAACGACAUCUCAACCCCGGCUGCGUUAAAGUCAACGAAGAAAAAGAAGAAGAAAACGAAGGAGACCGUUUUAACAAAGGACAAAGCUGACACUUCUCCGAAAUUGCACUCCAAACACAAAAAUGCUGUUGAGGCUGGCCCAUCGCGUCCAACAAACCGGGUUACUACAUCUCUGGCAGCGUCGGUUAUCCUUGAAGGAAAGUCGAAACGAAACGAUAAGCGGAAGUCCAUAGACGGUGAAACGAAAGCCAGUACGCCAGAUACCGCGAAAGUCACUACGGGGCUGUCGGAAGCCGUUCAUCGCAUAUCCAACCCACGGCCCUCGGGGCGGACUCUAAAAGAGUCCAGGGUACCGACAAACAAAGGGACGAUCUCCUCAAGUAAAGUGACGGAGACCUUGGAAACAGCUCCCCCAAACCCAAAAUCUUUUUCGGCGCGGAGAUCUGCAACGACACCCCAAGCGGCAGGUAAUGCUUUCAUCAGCGGCAAAAAGAUCCGCACCCGGGCCAAUCUCGCUACCGCCAUGUCUGAUCCCUCGAAGCCCCAACAACUCUUUACGAAGCGACGCACGCUUCGCCAAGCCGAGAUACUUGAGAGAGACAAAGUGGAUGGUAUCAUAAAACCAUCGCUGCUGUCUGGUCUCUUCCCCAUCUCCCAGGGACCCCCUAUCGCAACUACUUCUUCAGCGAAAGUAGUGACCCGCGAAGGCAAUGUGACUGAUGAACCUCCUCCAUUUAGUCCAGGUUUGGAUCCCAUCUCGAUUGUGGAGCCGGGAAAAGGUGCAUCACGAUCUAUCCUUACCACAAAUCGGCCCCAAGGAGCUGUGCCCAAACCGAAAAAGUCCGUUCACUUUUCUGAUCCAAGCGGCGACGGCAAUUCGCCGUCCCCCAACCGCACCCGGUUAACAUCACCACCAGCAGUAGCUUUUGUUACUACAGACCAUAAUGACGACGACGACGACGGCAGCGUAGCUGUGGACGCUGGACUCGGGAAGGUAGCGAUACCAAUGCCCGACCGACCCGUGAAACUUCUAUCAGGGUCGCAAAAAGUACCCGUGGAAGCUGUCUUCAGUGUUAUGGCAGAACCUCAGAGCUCUGAACUUCUUCUAGACGAGGUGUUUGGGAACAAUGUUUUACGUUUCGAUUAUUCUUGCCUAGCAGAUACGCUCCUACAGCAACUGGGGGGCAUUCGAGAAAGAAACAUGUUUUCCGGUGACGUCAACGCAAGCUCGCAGACAACACCCAGCAGCGAGAGCUUGGACAAUAUAGGUCAGAGGCUGAUGGUGAUGAAUUCCGGCCUCUUUCUUCUCAGGCCCAUGUUUGCAAUUUUGCUGUAUCCCACACGAUGCCAGUAUUGGAAUGAGGAAAAGUUCGGCUUCCCUAUUCCCGAGGCCGGACAAACAGCUGCGCCUCUUCGAUAUGUCGUGUUCAAAACAUAUUUCGACGGAUCAUGUUUUCUGCGACCUCCCAAUGUUGCUGCUUGUGGAGUUAACAUUUCACCGAAUGUGGGCGAGAGGGAGCAUCUUAUGAAAGUGUUCAGUGGGUUGGACCCUGGCUUAUAUUCUCGCCUAUUUCCUCGCCGCAAGGAAUCAGAAAAGAUCAGAAAAAAUAUUUUUCUGGCAUUCCCACCCUCGCUGUCUCCCAACAUGCGACAACUGGCUCUCUGGGUACGUGCCAGGGAUCCCAACUGUGCAAUCUUCGAUAGCUCGAUUGCAGGAGCUUGGAUGGCGUUCCGUGACAAAAUCAUCUUGGAUUCGGAUGACGGAGCGGUCGUUGUUCACGAACUAGUUCUAGACGCUAUCCGCCGGUUUCCCGAUCUCUAUAGUCUUGUUUCUGCAGAGAACAGGGCCUGUAAAUUUUGGGCACUGUCUCAGUCUGUUCUCUCACCACCGGUAUUUUCCUCUGGAGGACAAUAUGACCUCGACGAGCCAGAUGCUAAUGGACGGGGCGAAAAGCUGAUGAAUUUUGGGAAAUUUAACUGGACGCAGCUAUUUCCUCACGGGCUGGCUAUUUUCAUUACACCAAGCUUUAUUGUGUCUGAACCACGCCGCACAUAUGACCUCUUUCGAUGGGUUUCCAAUGCUCACCGAGCCGGCGACAUACUCGUGACACUGGUAACUGCAUGGGAUAUAUGUGCUUUCCUCCGCUCCGUUGCGGAGGAAAAGGACCGGGAGCGGAACGAACGUCUCGGCGACAGGGCUAAAAAGGGGGGCUCGAAUCGCAGAGAGGUUUCCGCUUCAACAGGAGAUGUUGAUAAAGAAGUGGAUUGCCACCUUCGCUAUGAAACGUGCCUUCUGGCCGAUGAGAUUUGCGAAACUCCCGAGACAGAAUUUUUUCUUCCUAUUGCUUUCGCUGACAAUGCCAUUGAUUGGAACGACGAACAAAGUCUUGUCAACUGGUUUGGGUGGUGGCCAUUAUCGCGUCUUGACCAGUACCGACUAUUUCAAGUUGUGGGCACUGAUAUGGCACUGAAGUACAAUCAUUCGGGACUCGCAAUACGCACGAUUACGUUGCCCAACUUCGACCCAGAAACGGUUGCUGACCCGGAUGUUGCGAAACAGCGAAUAAAUGAGAAGGUGGAAUCGGUAGCCCGACCCUCCGAUACAGGGAACUCGCCACAUUCAAUUUUAUCCGAGGACCAGCCGCAGCUGUCGCUGCAGGCCCUCCGAAGCCGACGAUUUCCCAAUGACUCUCCGGGUGCCUUUACUGAUCAUUUGAUGAAUUCCAACAUAGAUGGCAGUUUUUGGAAAUUAUACGGCUUUGCCGUUUGGUGGAAGAAUUCAGACGAGGCCUUCCGAUCUGGUUCUUUGCAUGCAAGACUACACACGAUACGUGACUGGUUUUCUUUUACGUGGCCGUUCAUCAACUCCAAGGUUCGAACUUACAUUGGAUUCUUUUACUUGACCGACGACUCGAGCGACAAGCUACAUAUGGGGCACAGAGACAAUUCCUCAUUGCCAAGACAUCCGUUUUUGGUCAUAUACCGCCCUCAACUACCGCACUUGCAGCCUUUCAAAAAAACGGAGCUGAUUUUCUGGGAUCCCCGAGCGAAGGACAAGUUUCAAGGCCGAGAUAUGCUCCACGAGACAAGGGAUUUGACUGCUGGACAACGCGCGGUGGUUGAUUACGUCCGAGAGUUCGGUCCUCAAAAAAACAAAGAAUUACCACUUAGUCGCAUAUACAUCGGGGGCGAGCCCUGCAGACGAAAAGAAUACAAGAAGCUCAUUUCUUCGCCCAUGAACGAGCUCGACGCGACUAUGGAGUAUCUGGAUCACAUGGCACGCGAUAUUAAGAACGUCGUGCCCUCGGCCCAUAAGUAUCUCGAAGCUAAAGGCUAUAGAGAGGUGCUGAUGGUUGACGAUCCAAGGGAGGAAGGAUUCGUUGAAAGUGAGAACGUCAAGGACAUGACGGACGCGAAGGGGAAAAGAGACAAUACGAACAUUGUUUUUCAUGCACCGAGAGGUGAGCGGAUGCGGCAUAUCGGAUCUUCCAAAUGUCGCAACCGCUUUUACGAUGCUACACGGCAAGCGAGGAUGAAAAAUCCACGAGCGACAAAGAUGGAGUUUGAGUAUCGUCCUACAACAGAGUGGUAUCGUGAACAAGUCGAUGAGGGUCGUGGAUACGACCACAUUCGCGUUGACAGCUGGGAAGGCUUCUUCAAAACGUUCAAAGUUGGUACCACUGAAUGA